AUGUCCUCUUGCUUAAAAGCCUUCAGUGAUUUCCACUUCGGUCAGCAGCUAUCAAUUAUAGCAUUUGAUGAGCUGAAGACUGAUUACAAGAAUCCUAUAGACCAGUGUAAUACCCUGAAUCCUCUUGUGCUCCCAGAGUACCUCAUCCAUGCUUUCUUCUGUGUCAUGUUUCUUUGUGCAGCAGAGUGGCUUACCCUGGGCCUUAAUAUGCCCCUCUUGGCAUAUCAUAUUUGGAGGUAUAUGAGUAGACCAGUGAUGAGUGGACCAGGACUCUAUGACCCCACAACCAUCAUGAAUGCAGAUAUUCUAGCAUAUUGUCAGAAAGAAGGAUGGUGCAAAUUAGCUUUUUAUCUUCUAGCCUUUUUUUACUACCUAUAUGGCAUGAUCUAUGUUUUGGUGAGCUCUUAGAACAACACACAGAAGAAGUGGUCCAGUUAAGUGCAUGCAAAAAGCCACCAGAUGAAGGGAUUCUAUCCAGCAAGAUCCUGUUUCCAAGAGUAGCCUAUGGAAUCUGAUCAGUUACAUUAAAAAAUGACUCCUUAUUUUUUAAAUGUUUCCACAUUUUUUGCUUGUGGAAAGACUGUUUUCAUAUGUUAUACUCGGAUAAAGAAUUUAAAUGGAAUUACGUAUAAAUUAAUAUAAAGUGCUUACCUCUGGUGUUGACAGGUUUGAACUUGCACUCCUUAAGGAACAGCCGUAAUCCCUUGAAUGAUCGCAUUAAUUACUGACUGUCCUUAAUCCAUCGGAAGCUUUUGUUUAUAGGAACUUGUAGGGCUCAUUUUGGUUUUAUUGAAAUGCUAUCGAAUUACAAAUUAGCUGUAGACACCAGGUGCUUCUGAUGAACUGAAAAUAUAUAUCUGAUCUGUGGGAAACUUCAUGGGUUCCUCAUGUAUCAUGUAGAUGAUUGUAUAUGGAUACAUUAAAAAAAUAAGAGUGGGAUGUUUUCCCUUUAACUUGAAUAUUAUCCCUGUACAUUGCAUGAAUGAGAGAUUUCCCAUAUUUCCAUCAGAGUAAUAUACUUUAAUUCAUAAGCAUAAGUGAAUAGGAUGUAAAGACAUAUGCUGAAUUACUUAUGAAGAAUGCAUUUAAAGCUAUUUUAAAUGUGUUUUAAUUUGUAAGGCAUUACUUAUUAAGAAAUUGGUUAUUAUACUUAUUGUUUUAAUCUGGUGGUAAAGGUAGUCUUAAGAGUUUGCAGGUACUUCAGAUUUAUAAAACGGAAUGAAAGAGAACAUUGUAAAACCGUUCUGCUGUUCCUUUAGUGCAAUACAAUAAAACUCUGAAAUUACGACUUA